AUGGCGCAGACCGGGUCGCCGAACACGACGCCGUCACCACAACAGACCGAGAUGCUCGACGCCGAAGAGCAAGCUCAGCGCCAAAAGGCGAUUGAUACAUUUCUCGCCCGCACCGAGUUCAGCAAGCUUGCUCGUGUGCUGCGAGCCAGACUGUCGUAUGCAUCGUACAAGGCGACACACAACGUUGCACAUGUGCCGCUGACAUCGCUGGAGCACCAGCUCGCGAGUCGACCGACGACUGAGGCAGGGGUCUCUCCGUCGCGCAACAAGCUGAACCACACAAGCAACAUGCCUCCUCCGCCUGCGCAGGACACCAACACCAAUGGGAACAACCGCAUCUGGCGCAGUGCAGGGAUGAGUCUGUACCAGGCGGUGCUGGACCCCGGACCGGCCCCCCGGCGCUCGCGACCACACGCCAACGGAGCGAACGGAAUGGGCUCUGCUCGCGGAGUGGCCUCUUCCCAGCCAAACGCACGUGAGCGACUCGCCAUCCCCGGGAGGACCGUGCGCAAUGCUCCCCGUCGCAGACACCCGCACGCUCUCUCCACCGAGCGCGAGGACAUCAACGCUGCUACCACUCUUACCGCUAUCAUGCGAGCAGGAGCAACCACCCCAGCCACCACCCUUUCCCGCACCUCGAGCGCUUCAUCCGUCCCGCGUCCAGACUCGGCCUCCCGCACCCCCCAGCCCGACGACGCCCAGGCUGCAGAACUUAUGCUCUUCCUCGCCACGUCCCCCAGCCCUGCUCGCCCCGCUCCCACUCGUCGUGCACAGCCAUCCCACAGUGCUCUCCUCGGUCCCCCAGCCCCCGCUCGCGUCCUCUUCCCCUCUGCUUCCGACCCCGUACAGCUCCCUACUCCCGAGCCAUCCCAGCAGACCCACUCUACCCCCCCGGUUUCUCCCCAACCCACCGCUCCCUUCAAUCUCGGCGACUAUAUCAACGUCUCUCCCUCUCCCGCCGCUCUCCCACCCCGCACUGGCUCCAUCAUUCCGCUCCAGGGCCGUCGCUUAUUUGACGACGAUAGUACCAUUGACCGCUCUCGAGGUGUAACCCACUGA